AUGUUUGAUUUGAGUAAUAUGUUGGGUUCAAGCAGCAAAGUGUCGGAAUCGUCAGAAAAAGAUUAUGCGUCCAUUGAGCAUGGUCAAGUUCAAAAGAAAUUUGGUCUAAGUCUAGAAUCGGAGAAACACAACUGCUUUGCUCCUGUCCAAAUAAGAAUAAGAAGGAAUGGCCAGAAAACUGCUGGUGCUAAGGGAUAUGGACGACACAGCGAUACAUGUUACCAAAAGAUUUUGCGAAGAAUUGAAAGUGCUGUCGAGAAGUUCAGACGACAACAUACUCUAACGCCAAAGUGGCUGAGAUUAAGGUUUUUGCUUACGGGUUGGCGUGAUUCUUCUCGCGUUCACGUCAAGGCCUCACACUCGAGGUUUAUCUCGCAUCAAAUCCUCGCAGACACCUUCAACAUUGGUCUCGCGUCGGAUUACGUGCACAUAAUUAAAGACCUGCGAGUUGCGGACAAUGAUGGUGCCGUCCCACCAUUAGUUGAACUUGCCAUGGGCUUGGUCAAUAGGAUUAUCCAAAGCCUCGAAGUCACUCAUGAGCCCAAUCUCACGCUCACCGAGCAGCUCAUCACCAACGAAGAUUUGCUGCCUGUCGAACCAGAGAAACAAACAUGGCGUGCAUACAACUACGUUGCCUUCUGGAUAGCAGACAUGUUUAAUGUUUACAUGUGGAUGAUCGAAUGUCGUGGUGGCAAGCCUGGCUAUGUGUAUGGCUGGGUUAUGGCAUUGGCAGCGCCGUUCCUUGUUCUGAAUGCGCGUCCCGGUGCCGUUUUCCAUGUGAUGUUUCCAAUCGUGAAUCGCACAAGCUUUGGGAUGUUUGGCAGCCUGUGGACAAGCAUUGGCGGUUCCUGUGUGCUAGUAAUGCUCAGGGCAAUGUGGCCUAGCAUUAAUGACUUGCUCAUUUGGUUCCCUGUGCACAAAGUUUCCUCAGUAUGGUGCAUUGUAAAAGCUCACGGAAUUGGCCCGAUCGUUCACCAACCUUCCACGCUGCAUGGAUCCAAGCUGGGCUGGGCCAUGGUGGUAACGAUUAUCACAAACGCACCGGACUUUGCCUCCCGCGCACGUACCCCAUCGGCUGCACUAUACCCACAACUGGUUGCGAGUCCUGUCACAGCGGCGUUCGCAAUUUACGGGACGGCCAUCUGGUCACCUAUUGUUCUUUUGGAAAAUUUCUUGAAUGACAAUCCGUCGAAAGCCACGAGAUUCGGGGUAUGGUUUAUCUCGACUUCAUUCAUGCUUGCACAGGUGACGUCGCGCAUCUUAUUCGGUGUUGGGUACGAUUCUGAUGCUUCUUCUCCCAGUUGGGGGUGUGAUUUGACCGCACUGUUCCCUCGUUUCAUUAACAUCCGACGUGGCGGGUACAUUGCUGCCAUCGUUGGUCUGGCCAUGUGCCCAUGGAACCUUCUGAAGAACAGUAAUGAGUUCACCUCUUACCUCUCUGCAUAUUCGGUGUUCCUGAGCUCCAUUGCUGGGGUUAUGGUGACGGAAUAUUACAUUGUCCGCAAGGGUCACUAUAACAUCAAGGACCUUUAUCGUACAGGGAAGGGCACUUGGUACUGGUAUACAUAUGGGAUCAACUUCCGUGCAUACGCCGCGUAUAUUUCCGGAAUCCUUAUCAACGCUGUCGGUUUCGCUGGAGCUACCGGGCGGACUGUCCCCCUAGCAGCCACCCGGAUCUACGAUUUAUCGUUCUUCACGGGCUUUGGGGUUUCUGCCCUUGUCUAUUGGGCACUGAACCGUGUGUUCCCAGUAGUCGGUGCUGCUGACAGGUUCGAGGAGAUCGAUGUGUCUGGGUAUGGAUAUAAGGCAGGUGGUUUGCGAGAUGCCGAGGAGAUGGACAUAGAUGCGAAGGACGAGGGCCGAAAGAGUAGCGGAGAAGCAGGAAGAAUGUGGAGGAACAAGGGAGACAAGGAAGGAGCAGCAAAAGGGACAUGCGAAGGGAAAAUAGGAUUAAUCGUUGGCAACAAGAAUCGGAACGCGAAGAGCAGAGCUUUACCACCUAGUAGACUCGUUUGCCGAGUAGUGAAGAAUGGGCAGUACAGCAUCAAAACUGAGAGGAUAUUUGCAGCUGGAUCUGCGACGUUAGGUGCAGGACCGUACCUACGCAAGGGCGAGUACUGGUUGAACUCGCCGAGCGCGGGACAUUUGUCGAGCGAGAGGCAAACCAAUUUAACCAAAGCAAUGCAACGGGAGGUCACUUGCCGCAAUACUAGUAUGGAAACUACCAAUAUUCGGACAUAG